AUGCCGAUUGUCAAGCUACCAGUAGUUCAAAGGUUUGGAAUAAUAUCAACUAAAUAUCAACUUGAUCUUCAGAAAAGGUUCUUAGAAAAAAACGAGCAGCCUGUAAAAAAAAGUCCCAGACGGCCUUUGGAAAUCUCAGAGGAGUUCAUUGAACAGUUUAACAAUGCAGCAGAUUCUGAUGAACAGGAACGUAUGCUUGAUUUAGCACAAAAAAUUCUUCACAAAUGCAAGAGGACAUCCGGCCUAAAUUCAAAGGGCUCUGGAAAUCAUGUGAAUCUCCACCUUGCAUGGACAGAACUGAUUUUGCUAGCACGAUGCAAGGGCAAAAUACAGGAAGAAGCUUUAGAUAUUUUGUUUGUUUCCAUGGAUAACGCUAAUAUUGAACAAGAACAUGUAGAUCUUUUGUUCUUCAUGGCUGAAACUGUGGUUUAUAGAAUUUGUUCUGAUUCAUCUCAAAUGCCCAAGUUGUACUCAAGUGAUAUUAAACUUUUGAAGCUCGGGUAUUUGACAUUUUUAAGACUCUUUAUAUGUCAUAUAUUUGGACAACUAGAGCCUUUUGAAGACCACAAAGGGAGACUGUCUGAAUAUUUGGAAGCACUUCCUGCAUGUGAAACAACAUAUCAAUCCUAUCCAAAUAUUCUGCUUUCAGUCCAUGUAAUGUUACAAAUUGGAAAAACCAUAUGCUCUUGUAAUGGUCCAUUAGAAAAUUCAGAUUCAUUCCAGAACUCUCUAAAAGCAAAAAUGGCGGCCCAACCAGACUACGAGAAGAUAGCUCUAGGCUAUUUUGAGGCCUCCUACAGGCUCCUGGGAACACUUCUACCUAAGCUCCUUACCACACCACCAUACGACCCUAUGCCGGCUAGCCAGGCUUUGCGGGUAAGCGGAGCUCACAAUACAGAUCAGGACUACAUACCCGCAGUCAUCUAUACACAUAGAGCUGGUGUGGAUGUUGUAUCUUUGGAUCGACGGAGAUCCCCCACCCCUUCUAUUGCUGGGAGCCCUUCUGAGCAUGGUUCUGGCUUCAGACACGGAGCAGCAUUAGGAUUCUACGUGAGGAGCGGCAUAAAGCUGUAUCACUCACAUGCCACGAGCGAGGUUUUGGAAGGCCUGACCAUUCACUUGGUCCAACAUUUGGAGCCCUUCCAGACGAAAGGUGAUUUUGGCAGAUGUUCGUUCCGGCUGGCUCAAAGAUUACCUUCAGCUUUACGUUCUGGUGUGGGGUGCAUUUUUUUGGAUUUUCAUGACGAAUGUGCAUUCGUCCGAAAACGAAUGCACAUCCCUACAAGUAAUCAGAGUAGCAAAUCCCCAAGACUUAUAACGUUGAAAAGGUUAGGCAAAAACCUUUCCAACUGUAGGUCUUGGGAGUCUACAAUUCCAUUCUCAUCUGCUGUGUUAAAUUGGGAAAUAAACCCUUUUGUUUGGCAUUGCCUCCUGAUUUGGAUACAUGCGCAAAUGGAUAGCCCUCAUUUGUAUGAUGUUAUUCAGCAUCUCCCAUUGUAUAAAGAAGGUCUCCGUCAAGAAAAUUGGUUGCAUUCACUUUUGGCAGUAUUUGUUUUGGGAGAAGCUGCUAAAUUAAACAUUUUCUGUCUGAGAGCCUUAAUGGAACUUGGGCAAGAUUUUGUCACUUUCCCAGAGCACCAAACUCAAAUACAGAAUUCAAGCUCGAAUAUCAGCUCUUUUUUUCCUUGGACAUGGGAAGUUGCUCAUAUUUACAUUAUGUUACUUUCUGACAUCUGCCUGCAUGGUACUACAUCUGAGAUACAAAAGCAUGCUUUUAUUGGGUUUAAAAAUGAAAAUCAAGCCACAAGAGAAUGCAAUGGGGCAAGCUUGCAUGAAUUAUUACAUUUGAAUUCAUCACAGACAUCAGACAUUAGAAGUAAAGGGGUUUUUCUUCCUCAAGACAAGAAGUCUAAUGGAAAGGCAAAGCUUCAGUUAAUUUUUGUUCUUUUCCUCAAAAUUCGAACCAAUGAUCCUCCUCCUCAGAUCAAAAUCAGGAAUCUACUAGACCUUCCGGGAAAUCUAAUUCCUGUUGGAGCAAGUCUAAGCAGAGGGGCAGACUGCACCUUUUUUCAGAAGGCAUGGUCUCAAUAUGUUCAGGAACCUUUGGUCCUUAACAUAGUUUUUCAGGGAUACAGAGUGGGAUUCAGAUUAAGACCUCCAAGUGGGAACAUACUGUGGACUAUUCGCUAUGGAGCUGUCUACAAUCUGGUUAAGGUUUGCCAUGAACUCCGUGGGGAUGUGAAGCGAGAAGGUCUCAGAAAUGCAGUAUGGAAAGUGUUGUACAACCAGAUAAGCAAUGAAAAUGAUAUUCGGAUACUAGAUGCUGUGAAAGUAGCCGAGGCUGAAGUAAAUGGUCCAGAAAAUCCUUUCAUUAGUACAAAUGCUAAGGCUUCAUCAUCUGCAGUGUGCUUGGCCUUUUCCCAGCAUGCAGGAUUCAAACUUGCUAGUGCACUGUCUCGUCGUUUCUUGCCCAUUGAGCCUUACAUCCCUUUACCAAAAAAAACUGUUCAAAGUAAAGUACCUAUAAAGCUUCCUGAAAUAAAGCAACACAGCAAGGAAAAAAAAGUGUCUCAUCUCUCUUUAAGACAAGAAGAUUUGAAUGAAGAAGCGCCUUUUAAACAACCUGCACAGUAUAUAACCCGUACAAAUAUUGACUUGCAGAAAGUUGUAAAAGACCAGUGGGAGAAGGAACUACACAUUAGAAUGAAAGAAGAUGAAGAAACCUUGAAAGCAGAACUACAUGAAAAGCAAAAGAAAGAAGAAGAACAUUUUAAAGAAAUAAUGAAGAAAAGGGAGCAAAAACUUAAGAAAACCAGCAAACCUUAUGAGAUUCCUAUAGCCAAAAAUAUCUGCUAA